CGUGAGGCAAAUCCUAUAGAUAAUAUGUCAGAAGCACGAGCUUCUAAAGGGAACUCCUCUGACAGUCUGUGCUCGAUCCGUCCGGCAAACAGAGCUCGGUCUCAAAUACGUGGUGGGCCCAUUCGAUCACAAGAGGUACACGUACGAUCGCUACAUGCCGUUGAUUUUCAUCGGUGGCGUGCCGCGAUCUGGCACCACCCUGGUACGCGCCAUGCUCGAUGCACAUCCCGAUGUCAGAUGCGGACAAGAGACACGGGUGAUACCGAGGAUCCUGCAGAUGAGGAUGCAUUGGUUGAAAUCUGAGAGGGAGAAUCUGCGUCUUUCGGAAGCGGGCAUUUCGAAGGAAGUAAUGGACAGUGCUAUAGCAGCGUUCUGCCUGGAGAUAAUAGCGAGACACGCGGAGCCAGCACCGCGGUUGUGCAACAAGGAUCCCCUCACUCUGAAGAUGGGCUCCUACAUUCUCGAUCUCUUUCCAAAUGCCAAGUUUAUCUUCAUGAUCCGCGACGGUCGUGCCACCGUGCAUUCCAUUAUCUCGAGAAAGGUGACUAUAACAGGAUUCGAUCUGUCUUCGUACCGACAAUCGUUGAUCAAGUGGAACCACGCAAUAUCUAUAAUGUAUGGCCAGUGUAAAGAAAUUGGCUCGGACAAGUGCUUGAUGGUUCCGUACGAGCAACUGGUGCUACAUCCGCGUCAAUGGAUGAAAAAGAUUCUAAACUUCUUAGACGUUCCUUGGAAUGAAUCUGUGAUGCAUCACGAGGAAUUCAUUAACAAGCCAGGCGGCGUGCCAUUGAGCAAAGUCGAGAGGUCGUCGGACCAGAUCAUAAAGCCGGUCAACCUGGAGGCACUGACCAAGUGGGUAGGCCACAUUCCGGAUGAUGUGGUCAGAGAGAUGCCUGACAUCGCCCCGAUGCUUUCUGUGCUCGGCUAUGAUCCUUAUGCUAAUCCGCCGGUGUACGGAGCACCCGAUAGACUGGUUAGCGAAAACACCAGACGAGUGCUAGCAAACGGCGAAGUAUGGGCAGCAAGGGCGCGCCAGUUCUCUCUGGAGAAGCUGAUCGAGCUGAGCAAAGAAGAGGAGGCCACCAAUACUCCAAAUGCGUGA